AUGACCUCGGGCUUCUGGGAUUCACAGCGGGUUCCGCCAGACUCGCUCAACUCGUCCUCGUUGCGACACCUCCUCAGUACGAAUGUCAACCCGCCCAUCCCUCCGGAUCGUUCUCUAUCGGCAAUCGUCCCGGUCACAAAUUCGUCUCUCUCAGCUCUCAACUCCACCUUGGCGGAUCUCCUCGGCGUAUCCGAUUCUCUGGUCGAAGUCGUUUUGCUCGCACCUCGCAGUCUCAAUGCCCCCUUACGACGCGCUUUGCAUCGCGUUCUGUCCGACAACGAACACCUGGAAAGCGAGCUAUCUAUCGAUCACUGGCCGGACGGUCUCUCACUGGACGCAGCAGUUCUCGCAGCUGGGCGGCGGGCAACGACAGAUUGGGUACUCCUUAUGGACGACCUCGCGCUCUCAGAAGUCUCUCCCUCUACGCGCGAACAUCUCCUUCUUCAAGACGUGCCCUUCACGCAUAUCCCAUAUGGUCCCCAUGGCAUGGACUUGCAUACCGAAAAGCUCUGCAUACAGCCUAGUUCAACCCCGCAAAACGCUUCGUAUCUAGUGCCACCUCUCGUCAUCCCCACUGAAUUGCUGACGAAGUCUUCUCACAAACACAAAGUGGAGAGUUGGCAUGCACUUGGGACGCACAUAUCUCGCUCCGGGGAAUCGUCGACAGGCGGGCUAGUCGUCGGAUCCACUCACAGCUCAUCUCAUUGGUGUGAACGUUACACCUCUAUGAAGAAUACCACACAGGACACCUCCACGCUUGGCCACGCUCGGGAUCCAUCGGAACCACUUAGCGAGAAUACGGGCAGCUUCGUCUUUGUCGUCGACAAUCGAGCCGCGAAGUACCUCCAAUCCAUUGCUUGCAGUUUGGCCUCCAGAGGUCACGACGUAGUCCUUGUCGUGACAAGCGAGGUGUCUGCUCUUUCUGUGUUUUACACCUACCCUCGUCAUUGUCAAUCGGCCAUCACCGUCAUCGACAUCAGCUCAGAAAAUCCCUCCUCCGCAUCCAGUGCCCAACUUGGCCUCCUCGGAGCUGUGAACGUUAUCGUUUCAGCCGUCGAAGAUCCUGAUGUUUCAUACUUUUCUUGGUACUCCAUAUCCUCCGAUAUCGAUCUUUCCAAUGCCACCUAUGUCCACAUUCCUCAUGAAGACUUACCGUACUGUGACUGGAUGGCGACUUUGGAUUUGAACGAGUGGAUGAAUUGGUCUGUUCCCCGUGUAGAACUUUCCAUCAUCACGGACAGUCGACCGGAAUCUCUGCGUCGUCUUCUUUUGUCUCUAGAGACAGGGCGAUUCUUCGGCGACUCUGUUACUCUGCGUAUCAACAUGGAGCAGUCCGCCGACUUCGAUACUCAAGAAAUUGUGAACAACUAUCAAUGGCCAUACGGGAACGUUUUCGUUCACCAUCGCGUCCAGCAUGGAGGACUCAUGGCCGCGGUCGUGGAGUCUUGGUACCCAAGGGACAACGAUACGUACGGACUGAUGCUAGAAGACGAUGUUGAACUCUCGCCCCUCUUCUAUGCAUGGGUCAAGAUGACACUACUUCGUUAUCGAUAUGGCAAAGCUUCCGAUCGCUCUCCACGUCUCUUCGGCAUAAGCCUAUACCAACAGAAGGCAAUCGAACUCCACCCAGAUGGCCGCAAAGCCUUCAGCGCUCGGCACACGCUCGAACACGCCGGCUUCAGCCACCCAGACGCCCCCUACCUCUCCCAAAUCCCUUGCAGCUGGGGCGCGCUCUACUUCCCGGAGCACUGGCGCGAGUUCCACACCUACCUCGCCGCGCGCCUCGCCGGCCACCUCCCGGAUUCCCCACCACCCCCUCCCUCGUCCCUCCCGGCGGCCCCCUUCCCGCCCUCCGUCCCCGUCGUGCCUGACGUGCGCUCGAACGGCUGGAAGCGCUCCUGGAAGCGCUACUUCAUCGAGCUCGCCUACCUCCGCGGCUACGCCAUGCUCUACCCCAACUAUGCGGGCGCCCGCUCACUCUCGACGAACCACCUCGAGGCGGGCGCGCACGUCUCACUCGCGGUCCCGCCGAGGGCCCUCGAGCGCAAGAAGAAGCUGUUCAACGUGCCGCUCCUGCCACUUCCCGGCUUCCCGAAGGGCGGCGGCGGGACGCCGAGCACCGGGCUGCUCGAGAUGCCUGGGGCGACGCUGCCAGAGUGGACGGACCUGCCGAUCCUCGACCUUCUUGGGGAGAGCGUCGACGCCGAGACCAUCGUCCGGAGAGGGAGCGAACGGCGCACGGAGCUCACCGGCUGCGCCGAUCCAACGACGGACCCGUUCAGCGUCCGCGACCUCCUCUGUGUGCGCUAG